UAUCUUGAAGUCAAUUCUCGAAAGUCGUUUUCCCGAAAUAGAACAGCUAUCGGCUGAGCAAAGCAACGCUUUGUUUGGUCUGUUAAACCGAGAAGAUGUCUUCGCCGUUUUGCCAACCGGCCAUGGCAAGUCAAUCAUAUUCCAACUACUGUUCGACUUCUGUAAGGAACUUUAUCUCAGAGGGUUUCCUUACCCAAGGAACGCCAUCGUCUUGGUGAUUUGUCCGCUAAAUUCGCUGGUGGAGUCUCAUAUCCGAGAGUUGAAUUCCCGAGGCAUGACAGCAAGCAGUUUAACAGGAGAUAUUGAUGAAUCGAAAAUACUGCGUGGUCAAUAUUCUUAUCUCUUCGCAAGCCCCGAGUCUGUCCUCCAAAAUGAAAAAUGGAGGAAAAUGCUUGAAAGUGAGGUCUAUCAAAGAAAUGUGUUCGCUGUUGUCACCGAUGAAGCGCACGUGGUGCCAAAAUGGGGAUUCAGCAGCCAAAAACAGAAAUCGAGUAAAAAGGAGUAUGUUGCUGCUUUCCGUGAGUGUUUCUCAAGACUUGGGGAACUUAGAUCUCUGCUCAGCCAGAAGCCACUGGUCCCCGUCCUUGCGCUGACAGCCACAGCAAACACAAAGACAAGGAAGGACAUAAAAGAAUCCCUCUGUAUUCGAAAAAAUUGCAUUGAAAUUUUUCUUAGUCCAAAUAGAGAGAAUAUCUACCUCAACAUUGCUAAGGUGAAUUCAAACAUUGGAAAUUCUUUCGAAUUGCUUCUAAAGGAGAUUCAUGAGAAAAAUGUAACACUGGACAAAACUAUUGUUUACUGCAAAUCGAUAAAGGACUGUGGCCGCUUGUUCAUGCAUUUUAAACAGGAACUUGGAAAGGAUGCUUACGCUCAUGAUUGUGAAGCUUUGCCACAACAUUUGAUUAUUUCCAUGUUUCACCAUUCUACACUGGCAAAGAACCAGAUAAGAACAUUAGAGUCCUUCCAUGAUGAGAAUGGCACAUGUAGACUGGUGUUUGCUACUAAUGCCCUUGGGAUGGGAGUCAACUUUCCCAACAUAAGGAGAAUAAUUCAUUAUGGCCCACCAAGGGAAAUGGAGGAACUCGUUCAGCAGAUUGGUCGUGGAGGUAGAGAUGGUAAGCCUGCUGUUGCUUUAAUUAUGUACACUGGGCAUCAUCUGAAAAACUGUGAUCAGUCAGUUAAAGACAUGUGCAAAUCCACAUCAGGAUGUUUGAGGAAACUUUUACUGGCUGAUUUUGGGGUUGAAGAGUUCCCCAACUACCAAAGCCAUGAAUGCUGUAUCAACUGUCACAAAACAUGUUUAUGUUUAGAGGAAUUGUGUAGUAUCCCUUUGCCUGAAGUGUCACUUCCAGAUUGUAAAUCCAAAGCACCACAGAAGACCAGGAACAUUACAGCACAACAAGAAGAGCUGUUGCGAGAACUCCUAAAAGACAAUGUCUUGGAACUUUCUUUGGGUCUCAUUGACUUCUUAGGCAUAGAUGGCACUGCUUUAUUCACCGAUAUAUUGGUGAAGAAAGUUCUAAAACAUGCAAAAUUUAUUUUCAAUAAAGCCUACAUACUUGAAAAUCUUCCUGUGUUCAAGAACCAACAUGCCAUGGACAUAUUAUGUAUGGUGAAUGAUGUGUUUGAAGACAUCAAUGAACAGGAAAUUGAUAUUAGCCAGUGUUCUUCAUCAGAGGUUGACUUUACCUGUUCUGAUKUGGAACUUUACAUCUGUGAAGAGUUACUUGAAGAAUACAGUGAAAGUGAGGCUGAUUGUACAGAUGAUGAAGAACUGUCUAGCAACUGGUGAGCGAUAAUAAACACAUGUAAGCAUUUAAAAGUAUSUAUGUACUGAGACUGGUACCUGUUCCACCAAAAAAUGGAAUAAAUGAUGUGCAAUGAGCCCUGAUCACAUAAUAUUGUUUUUGACACAACAGCAUGUUUGACUGUUUAUUGGAUUUUUCACAUUUGUUUUUAUAUUUUGAACAUGUACUAGUAACUACCGGUAAUAAUAUUGAUGUAUAGUUCCUCCACCUUUAGAGACCUUUGACAUUCGAUCUAAAGGUGGAGGGACCAUACAUCAAUAUUAUUAACUAUUGGUUAUGCAUUCCUUUCUUUUCAUGUUGGUAUAUCUUUUCUGAUAUUUCCCCCACAAAUAUCAAAAAGCUGCUUGCUUAAAAUAAUGGCUAGACAUCAGACAAUACUCAGCAGUGGAAUUUGUCUGGUCAGAUCUUUGCCUUGCGAAUUAUCUUGAGCAGUAAAGAAACAAGGCGACAUACUAGCCAUUAUUUUAUGCCCUAAGUGAAAAAAAGAAUUUUGCAAAUGUUUACCAAGAAAAUUAAAGGUACUUUGCAGUAUUUUGAACUUAACACAAAUGUCAUUUGACAUAUUUAACUAAAACCUAGCUUUAUAAAGUUUUCUUUGACACUUUGCUGCACAAAGUAAAAGUUAAAGUUCACAUAUCAAAUUUAUUCAACCAAAAAUUUAUCAAUUGAAAGUAAACUGCUAUCUUGUAUGUCUGGA